AGUUGUGGAAAGAACUUUUAAAUAGUUCACGGAAUGUUGAUGGAAAAAGCAGCAGAAGUUUGUCUUUUAUUUGUCGUUUUGGGAUUGUGUCUUAAUGUGUGUAGUUCGGAAGAGAUAGAGGGUACAGCAAAUGAAUUAGAUGUUGCUGAGGUUGAUGUUGUUGAAGAACCAUCAGUUUUAGAAGAAGAAGCUCCAGAAGAAGCAGCUCCAGAAGAAGCAGCUCCAGAGGAAGAAGCAGCUCCAGAAGAAGCAGCUCCUGAAGAAGCACUUCCAGAAGAAGCAGCUCCAGAAGAAGCAACUCCUGAAGAAGCAACUCCAAAGGAAGAAGCAGUUCCAGUAGAAGCAGUUUCAGAUAAUAUCGCAAACCACAAAGUAGUCAGCAAUUUAUUGCUACCUGUCUUGAACAUAACAAUAAAUCUCGGAGGAGAAGGAACAACUGCAGGAGGAACAACUGCAGGAGGAACAACUGGAGAAACAACUGCAGGAACAACUGAUGGAACAACCGAUACAACUGCAACAGAUGGUGCAUCUAAUACGUCUAAUACUACAUCAGAAACAAUCCCACAACCUCCAGUAGAAGAAAAACAACAACAACAAGAACCUCCAAAUCCACCAAAUGGACCAAAUGAGUCAAUGCCACAACCUUCAGUAGAGCAAGAACAACAAAAGAAGCCUCCAGAUCCAACCAAUCCUCCAAGUUAUCCUAAGCAUCCAAAGCAUCCAUAUCCUUUCUUUCCCAUCUUUAACCCCCUUCCAAGGAUCUUUGGCUGGACAACAAACUUCUUUAAUCGUCUUUUUAACAGCUUCUUCCCCCAAAGGAGAGAUCCUCAUGAAAAUUCGGAAAAUCCACACCAAAAUUGCACAACAUCAACAUACAUCAACAUUUUGGAAACGUUACUUAGAAUUCAAAAAAACUACUUCAGGAAUAUUGGAGGAAUCCUCGAUAAUGGCCGAAUGGAUCUUGUAUUCCGGAUGUUUGACUUGAAUACAGUUCUCAAGAAUUUUUUCUACAACUCCGUACCGAAUAUUACGGAAUUUAUAGGAGCAAACAAGACAUCCUUCAUUAAUGCAACAACCAACUAUUUCAAUGAAACCUUUGCAGAUAUACUAGCAUCCUUCCCGCAAUUGACUAAUAUCCUCAGUACAGAGGAAUUUUUGGAGUAUCUCUACGAUGGCGUACAAGAGAGUCAAAAUAAUUCAAAUAAUGUUGGAGCAACACUCAUGAAAUAUUCCAAUUGCACAUAAACUUUGUAAUUUAGGUUGGAGUGCAACAUGAAAUAAAUUGAGAAAGAAGAUAUACUAACCCAUAAAUCCCAAAA